AUGUUUACUCAACGGCAAUCUGUUUACAUCUAUCUAUCUAUCUAUCUAUCUAUCUAUCUAUCUAUCUAUCUAUCUCAGCCUGUUCACUAUCUAUCUAUCUAUCUAUCUCAGUCUGUUCACAUCUAUCUAUCUAUUGAUCGAUCGAUCGCAGUCUGUUCAUCUAUCUAUCUAUCUAUCUAUCUAUCUAUCUAUCUAUCUAUCUAUCUAUCUAUCGCCGUCUGUUCACAUCUAUCUAUCUAUCUAUCUAUCUAUCUAUCUAUCUAUCUAUCUAUCUCAGCCUGUUCACUAUCUAUCUAUCUAUCUAUCUAUCUAUCUAUCUAUCUAUCUAUCUAUCUCAGUCUGUUCGCAUCUAUCUAUUUAUUGAUCGAUCGAUCGCAGCCUGUUCAUAUCUAUCUAUCUAUCUAUCUAUCUAUCUAUCUAUCUAUCUAUCUAUCUCAGUCUGUUCACAUCUAUCUAUUUAUCUAUUUAUCUAUCUCUUUCAAAGAAACAGCAGGCCGUCUGCAAUUGAGAAAAAGGAAGAAAAAAGAGAUAGGUCCUAGAAAUGGAAAAAAUACACAGGGCAUCCACAAAGACUUAAAAAAAAUUCAAAAAGCUAAUCCAAAAAAUCUAGAAGAGGUGGCAACUAAACUUCUGUUAUGGCAAACAAGCACUUCAAUCGAUUUUAAUAUCUUUGUGAACAUCUAUCUAUCUAUCUAUCUAUCUAUCUAUCUAUCUAUCUAUCUAUCAUCUAUCUAUCUAUCAGCUUAUCUCUCUCUCUCUCUCUCUAUCUAUGCCUUUCAUAUCUUUCUAUCUAUCUAUCUAUCUAUCUAUCUAUCUAUGCCUUUCAUAUCUAUCUAUCUAUCUAUCUAUCUAUGCCUUUCAUAUCUAUCUAUCUAUCUAUCUAUCUAUCUAUCUAUCUAUCUAUCUAUCUAUCUAUCUAUCUAUCUCUCAGCUUAUCUCUCUCUCUCUCUCCAUCUAUCUAUCUAUCUGAGCCUAUCUAUAUAUAUAUAUAGAGAGAGAGAAUUAAAAAAAAUCAUUACAAAAUAA